UUCGGGAAAUGUUGGCAUGGCCGCCUCGGGAGCUCAUAAGUGUCCGAAGAGUGAGAAGUUGGACGAGGCGCAGGCUUUGGCCAGGAGCUGCGCGGGGAGACCAGACUUCCUGCCUUGUGAUGGACUCUCCAUCUGCGCCACGCACAGCCACGGGAAGUGCUUCAAGCUGCACUGGUGCUGCCACUUGGGCUGGUGUCACUGCAAAUACGUGUAUCAGCCCAUGACCAAUGUGUGCCAGCUGCCCAGCACAGCUGUGCCCCCUGUGGGCGCAGAGUGCAGCAACACCAUCGACAUGUCCGUCUCUCUGGCCGAGCGCUUCCUGAAGCUGGCGCCCAGCUUCCAGUCCCCGCCUCAUCUAGAAUCACCCAAAUACUGCGUCAUCGCAGACCUGUUCCUGGACGACUACAUCGUCAAAAGGAUCAACGGGAAGAUGUGCUACGUGCAGCGUCCCCCGCCUCCCUUACCAGAACCACCUCGACCUUCCACCCCUCAGCUACCUGCCCUAGCUACACCUCAACUGCCCGUAAAUCCCGAUCCGCCUCAGCAGCUGGUCAGCGCUCCACAGCCAGGGAUCCAGCACACUCCGGCUCCUGUGCAGCAGGUCCACAGUGAACAGAAACACCUCUCUGCUGUUGAAAAGCUAAAAGCCCCUAAAAUGGACCACUGCUCCUCUCCGUCCAGCUCGGAGGACUCCGGCAUUAACGCCUUAGGUCUGCACUACUUGGAGUCCUGUGAGGAGGGAAGUGAGGAUGAGGAGGAGGAUGAGCUGAGCACAGAUGAAAACUUGAGUCCGAGAAGUCUCUGGGAUCAGGAUGACUGUUCUCUUCUCUCCCCGUCCAAAUCCAUGAUAGAGAUCAUCGAAAAGAUCGAAACAACUGUGUAACGGACUGAGGAGGUUCCACAGAGCAGAGUCUUUCACCAGAGGCCGACCCUGCAGGGUUUAUUUUUACACGGACCCAUCAGGAGCGAACCCCAAUCUGUUGCUUCCACGGGGCUUUGCAGGGUCCGAUUCAGGCUGAAUUUGUUUUCCUGCAGGUGUCCGAGGAUUGUACGCCCCACAUUUUCACACAGCUUCUCCUCUGUCCCAUUUCCCUGCAUGGAAUUCAUUUCUGAAACUCACUGGAAUCAAAGAGGAAGCACAGGAAUACCAAGUACAUGCACGGCAGACAAAAAAGACCUUCGUUAUAUGGUUAUUCAGUAAAUUUCAAAAGCGUAGAAUAGGAGCACUUCAAAGGAUAGUGAGGAAAAUAUAUUUUUUUCCCCGAGAGUCUGCAUUGAAAUUAAAUGUGUAUGCGCAAAGAUGGUUUGUGUUAAUGACGAUAAUUAGC